GGCGUUUCCAUUUUCCGUACUGGAGCAGCUGAGCAGAGUGAAUUUUGUUUAUGCUAGGUACCAUUGCAGUAUACCUAGGCCGAAAAGUCUUGGCUUCGUCCCUCUGUGCAAGUGAUGGUACAUAUUAUUUUGCGGUGGAUGUAUGCAGAUCUUGACAUACAGUGAUGGCAGCUGCAAGGGGUGAAGGCGAUGAGCUCAUUGCUGAUUAUGUUGAUUGCCUCAUGUCCUUGGACACCAAUGCUCGGUCUGUCCAGAACGGUGAUCUGAUUCUCGGAGCUCCGGUUGUAGAAGCAGGCGUAGCUGCUUCAGUUGGCGGUAUUAUGGAGCAGGAUGCCAUGAAAGAUUUUGCACCUCCAGAGGCUCCUAAAGAGCCAAUGUUAGGUAUGAUAUUUGAAUCGGAUGAAGCAGCAAAGACUUUCUACAAUGAGUAUGCCAGGUGCCUUGGAUUCCCCUUCCGUGUCGGUAGGUCUCGCCGUUCGAAAGGUGCAGAUGAGGUUGUCGUCAUGAAGAGGUUUGUUUGCUCAAGGGAAGGCAUGUACACGAAGAAGAAUCCAUCAUCAGGUGAGGCUACAAAGAAGCGUGAGAGGAUGUCUAUGCGGGAAGGUUGCAAUGCUAUGAUGGAGGUGGUCAGGGAAUCAAACCAUUGGGUUGUUUCCAAGCUUGAAACGGCUCACAACCAUGACCUUGGCACCUGUAGCAGAGUUGGGUAUCUUCGUGCUGGUGGUUUGCUUGAUGGCUCCGAUAAGAUCACUAUGAUGGGCUCAGAUAGGAUGCUCUUUCCGAGGCAGAAUGUUCUCGGGGAAGGCGGAGACGCUCAAGGUCUUCUUGAUUAUCUGAAGAAGAUGCAAGCCAGUGACCCUGCCUUCUUCCAUGUCAUACAGGUCGACAAGAAUGGCUGUCCAAUGAAUGUUUUUUGGGUCGAUGCUAGAGCUAAACUUGCUUAUCAGCAUUUCGGGGAUGCUGUUACAUUCGACACAACAUACAAGAAGAACAAGUAUAUGAUGCCCUUUGUUACCUUCUCAGGAGUCAAUCAUCAUCUUCAGCCUGUUAUGUUUGGAUGUGCAUUGCUUAUGGAAGAGACUGAAUGCUCAUUUGUUUGGCUAUUUGAAACAUGGUUGACAGCAAUGAGGGGGAAGGAGCCAUGUUCGCUAGUUACUGACCAAAAUCGGGCCAUGAAAACCGCAAUUGGAAAGGUUUUCCCGCAUACCUGUCACCGUUUCUGCAAGUGGCAUAUUUUGAGUAGAACCAAGCAGAAGUUAGCUCAUACAUACUCAGAACAUCCUACUCUAAGAGAUGAGUUAGAAAGCUGUGUUAUUAGGUCUGAAACUAUCGACACAUUUGAGACAACAUGGAUGUCAAUCCUUGAUGCUUAUGACCUGAGAAAGAAUACAUGGCUUCAAGCAAUAUACAAUAUCCGCCAAAAAUGGGUUCCUUUGUACCAGAUGGAUACAUUCUGUGCAGAAAUAUCUAGAGCACAGAAAUUAGAAACCCUGAAUGAUUUCUACAAUAAGUAUUUUGGUACGAAGACAACGCUGGAAGUUUUUCUAACUCAAUUUGAUUUGAGCAUAGAAAGCCGUUAUGAGGAAGAAGCAAAAGCAGAUAUGGACACUUCUUUAAAUUUGGUGACAACAAAGACUGCAUCACCAAUAGAAAAGCAGGCAGCACGUACCUACACCAAAGCAGUCUUCAGUAAAUUUCAGGAGGAGUUUACAGAGUCUUUGGGGUAUAUUAUUCGGAAAACUAAAGAUGGCUGCAUAAGCAAAUACAACAUCAUGAAAGAUGAAGAUUCAUCAGAUACUUUCUGUGUGACGUAUAAUGCUUCCACUAAAAUGGCGAAGUGUAGUUGCAAGUACUUUGAGUCCUCAGGUAUUUUAUGCCGUCAUAUUCUUGGAGUAUUCCUAAUAGUUGAUCCACGUCUACUCCCACCUGAUUACUUUUUGAAGCGCUGGACGCGGAAGGCCAGAGAUGAUGGCUUAUUUGAAUACAAUGGUGAUAACCAUCAUGAGGAUGUUUGUGAGUCCAUUGCAAGCCGUUACGAUGUCCUAUGUGCUGAUGCCAUCAGAUGUGCUGAGAAAGGAUCUGGAUCAGAGACAGUGUACAAAGCAGCAAAAGAUAUCUUACAGAAGGCAUAUGAAGAGGUAAUUGCUUAUGAGAGAAAUCCAGUUAGGGUGUCACAAAGGGAUUCUAUAAACAUCAACGAGGAUGUUAUGAUUGAUGAUACCAUGACUAAUCAGUCAUUGCCAGAUUCUGGGCGAAAGGUGACUAAUUUGCUCGGCCAGUUUCUUGGUUCCUCUUGGUCUCCCUGAAUGUAUUUGCUGCUUACUAUUGGAGGUUGCAGUGCAAUUGCCCUCCUGUUAAUUGGUUUAGUGGAAAUUCGAAAUCGGCUUUUUUGGAUGGUAAUGAAGAUGAUCGUUAGCAUACUGCAGGGUUAUCUUCCAUGCUACACAUUUUCUUCUGACCAAUGAUUAGUAGACCAUCUGGUUGUUCAGAAAAUCCAACAGGAGUUGUUAUGCAAAUGAUAAGCUGGGUGGCAUCAAACUACUUAAGCAGCAAGAAGUAAAUCAGUGCAGUGUUUGGCAAUACAAUGCUGCUACAAAGUGGUGAUAUUUGUAUUUGUUUUCUGGUGGCGUCAUUGCUCAUGAAUGAUUCCUAGGCUGUUGGGUACUACAUCUAUCCCGCAGAAUAUUUGACGAAGGAGAGGUACAUCAUGUGUUAUGGAGUUGAUGAAGAACCAGCGCAUGACAUGUGUUAUGAAGUUGUACUUAGGCAAAGCAUUAUCGCACUGUGUGGAACGACAGAAGAGAGUGACUUUGCCAAACCUGAAGGUGAAUUCUGGGUUGUCUCACUUUCUCACGGAAUGUUUGCUUGCAACGGUAAUUAAGCUCACUCAAGGAAGUGACAGGCGAAUUGUGGUGGAGAAGCUCUAAAACAGAGAGGAACUUACGUCUUACCCAACCAGUAGCUGGUAUUCGAAUUUAGAAGCCUAGAGUUGUCAAACGCUCCCUGAGAGCUUGUCGAGCAACAGACAACAAUGGAGGUCGUAUUCAAAAAAAUUGUCGUAUAAAUUCAGAAGUGGGUGGGGGUAAUUUUCAGAUAUGAUGAGAACCAACCUGAGGUUGGGUGGUUAGGAGGGUGGUUGUACCCCCAGCCCACCAGAGUUCAAACGCCAGGUUUGACAUCUGUGUGUCUCAUAAAGGCGGAAUAUUCAUUCAGUGGGAGGCGACGUUCCCGUCGACAGCGAGGCGCCUGUGGUGACUUCGUCAAUUUCAAGAUCCAAUCCGCCGGCUCAGUCUUUCGAAGGUGCUCAUAGGGGUAGGGUGUGCGUGUGUGCGUUCAUAGGGGUGAGUGUAUGCGCGUGUAUGUGAGCGUCUGCGGUUGUACUGUGUUUCUCAAAAAAAAAAAAAUUCAGAUAUGAUAAUGCCUGUUUCUUGCUGCACUGGUCCACUUCUCAGAACACACAUCUUAUAAACAAUUUAUAUAACUGUUUGGCACAUUGGCUAGGAACAGGAAUGUUGGGUAUGCCGUUGAACUGGGUGUUCAUAAACUGUCAUUCGGAAUGAGCUGUUUGAGAUCAUGAGUUGUUUAUAAACUGGCAUUCAGAAUGAGCUGUUUGAGAUUA